AUGGGUGUAAACGAAACUCAACUGUUCGGGCAAGAUGCCACUGUUGAUAUCGAAGACAGGCAAAACCAAGAUUCUUCAGACGAGUCUGGCUGGUCUGACACGGAGUCUUGGAAUCCUCUCAGAUUCUCCUCCAUGAGAAAACUACACAUCGUCGUCGCUGGGUUUACGUGCACGUUCAAUGGCAAUUUUGGCUCUUCUAUGCCCUCGGGGGCUCUCGAUGUCAUCGCUGAGCGGUUCAACGUCAGCAACCCUGUCCAUCUCAUCCUCCUCAACUCGCUAUACAUGGUGGGAUACGUCCUAGGUCCUCUUCUUUUCGGUCCUCUGAGCGAAUACAUCGGCCGUCGACCUGUUUUGAUCGGCACAUAUCUUGGCUACAUCAUCUUCAUGUUCCUUGGUUCUGUGUCUCCCAACUAUGCCGCACUUCUCGUCUUCCGAUUCAUAUGCGGGAUCAACGCUGCUGCUCCUACAACAGUCAUCGGAGGAUUGUACGCGGAUAUUCUUGACGAUCCAUCAACUCGGGGUAACGCUAUGGCUCUGUACAUGACUGUCACCACUAUAGGUCCUCUGAUCGGGCCCAUUGUCUCGGGCUUCUCAUCUCCUGUAUCCUGGCGGUGGCCUUUUUGGAUCGCUGGAAUGAUGGCAGUUGCAGGUCUGCCUCUCGUUCUCACGCUCCCAGAGACAUAUGCCCCGGUUCUUCACAACAAGAUGGUUAAGGAGCAUAUCAAGCGAAGACAGAAGGAGAACAAGAAGAACAAGAGCGAGUCUAAUGACGAAGAGCCCCUGGAGUUAAAGCCUUUCAAUGUUCGAAAGAUCUUCUUUCGGCCUAUGAAGUUGCUGUUUACUGAGCCUAUCCUUGCUUCUACGUCGGCAUAUCUCACCUUGGCGUAUUCAGUCUUUUACCUCAUGUUUCAAGCAUAUCCCCGUGUGUUCCAAGGAUUCUAUAGGUUAUCCCCUGGCAUGGCGGGGCUUGCCUAUAUCCCUUUCUGUGUUGGUGUUCUACUGUCUCUGGGUGCCUUUGCCCUAUAUACUCGGUACCAUGACAGGCAGACGGCUGCUGGUGCCGAGUGGACAAAGAACCAUAUCUAUCGACGACUUCCACUUGCAUGCAUUGCUUCUCCUUGCAUGGUCGUCUCGCUAUUCUGGCUUGGUUGGACUGUCUGGCCCUCUGUGUCCCCUGUUGUCCCCACCCUCGGCGGCAUCUUCUUUGGCCUUGGUUUCCAGCUCCUCUUUAUGGGAAUGACCAACUAUCUUACCGACGUAUUUCGAAGCCACUCUGCCUCGGCCCUCGGUGCUGCAGCCAUGCUACGUUCCAUUGGUGCCACUACUCUGCCCCUUGCUGCAGACAGCAUGUACACCAACUUGGGCAUUCACUGGGCUCCAUCUGUGCUCGCCUUCAUUGCGCUGGCUAUGGGCGUGAUUCCAUUCGUCUUCAUCAGAUAUGGUGAGCGUUUGGCACGCAGUAGCAAGACGGCUAGGGAGGCGUUUGCUGUCCAGAACUAA